AUGCUCCAUUCCGGACGUAUCGAGAUUCAGACAGUACGCUGGGACCUCGAAGAGUUGAUUAAGAGGCACGGUACAAAAGGCAACACCUACAAGCUUUACAAAGUUCGGCGAUUCAAAUGGACGUGGGAGUUGAGCGACAUCAAGACAUUGCAAGACAAGCUGGAAAGAUCUAGAAAACAGAUACAUCUUGGUCUCACUGAGAUGGUUGCAUCGUGCGGAACAGCUCAGAGCCAUAUCCCUAGCCACGUUACGCAAAAUCAUGCAACUAGCUGGCAGCGCUAUGACAUUGUCGAGUUCCUUAUCAAGACGUGGAAUCUCGGCGGGGUAAGGCGGGAUCAUUACACUGACCGCGGAGCAGUAUUAUGGGCUCGCGAAUUCCUCGUCCAAGCUGACUCCUGGCAACUUGACGACCGGCAGAAGUGGCUUCUGGGGAAGGUGGCAGCACUAGGUGACGACGUUUAUAACAGGAGCGACAAAGGGGUGAUGGUUCUGAAUGGCCCACAGGCGGUAUUACAGGGCACCGAUACGCUGAAAAGGCUUCUCGUUACGGAUCCAUUAGCGGUCCACAACGCUGAUGACUGCAACAUGACGGCGCUCCACACAGCGUGUAUCGUGGGAGAUUCGGUCGCUGUCAAGCUACUAAUUGAUGCGAGGCUCCCCCUGAAUGCCUGCGACUGUUACGGAAGGACUCCACUAAUAGUGGCGCUAUACAACGGGCAGUACUUCUGUGCUCAGCUUCUGCUCGAUACCAAGUGCAAUAUUAGAGUCGUCGAUAAAGAUGGAUAUAAUGCUCUUUGGUUCGUAAUGAAGGAAGAUAUAACACCGACAUUUGAGCUGCUGAAGCACAUAAUCACCGAAGACCCGAAGGGUGUCGCUGCUACACAAGACAUACUCGGCAGAACGCCGUUACACUGGCUCUCUAAGGUCUACGGGCCUACCGAAUUGGCCGAGCAGCUGGUGACGCUACUGCUACAAGCGGGGGCCACUCUAGAGCCACUCGACUCCGAUGGAAUCACUCCACUAAUACACGCCAUAAAUGAAGACAACGCCCUGGCCGUACGAUUGCUGCUCCACGCCGGCGCCAACCCAAAUCCCCCACUUGACACCAAAAAUGGAGCAAACAUCCUCCAUAAAGCAGCGACGUGGGCCAAGCUCGACGUCCUCGACGCUCUCACCGACGCAUAUAUUCUCGGCGUUGAUGUGGACGAACAAGAUCGAGACGGCGAUAGUCCACUAGUUUGCUGGAGAUGGCGCAGGUACGGAGACGAAGAUUGUUUACUCAUCGGAAUGACUCGUCCUACAGCUCAAGAGAAUCGUGCGUUUGAAGCUCUCCUGCGAGGCGUCAGAGACCGAACCUUUCAAGCAGACAUAGAUCUAUGCAUCGAAGUACUCCAGGCAGCCAAGGGCGAGGACUAUCUACGGGCAAAGGAGCUCAUUGACCCGUCUCCAAUCGACGAGGGCGAGAAAAAGGAUGGAUAUAGAGGCUGCAAAGCUCUACGGACAAAUAUUCUCCUGCAAAUAAAAUCCGGGUUGUGGGACUCUGCAAUCACAGAGCUAGAAGACAUGAUCGAGACUCGCCGCCAUCGCAUGAGCAAAUCCCCCUUCCAAGAGGAGUCAAAUCGCUACUAUGUAGAUCCUGUAGAUGACUCACAAGAGGGUGAGAGCGAAGAGGAUGGUGAUGAGAGCGAAGGGAAUAGUGAAGACGAAAAAUACGAGUUGGCCUGGGGUGGUGAAGAGAAUGCAGAUGCAAGAGAAAUUUCAAGUAUUUCGGAAGCAUUGAAUGAGUUGGACGAGUUUUCUGAUUUCCUGGGACCGGAGGCAACAGACGCCAACCCAGAUGUCCCGUCUACUAAUGAACUAGACAUCCUCUCUGAAGCAGCGCCGUUCUCUAAACUCGACCCCGACCCGCCUAUAAUGAAUCCCCCUACACUGACAUUUGGCGAAAAAAGUCACGAGUCAUCAUCAAAGAGCUACGUAGCGACAACAUAUUCAGAUGCGGGGAGUCUCGGCGAUUCAAAAUUCGACGAAUAUGCCGUCGCUUUUGCCGACGUUCUCAGCCAUUCACUGUCGCCAGACUUCUCGCAGCAUAAUCUAGAAGCCAUUUGCAAUUUGCUUCCCACGCUGCUGGAGGCUUUUGCUAGUCAAAUCGCUUACGAAACUCACCAGAGGCUACAGCUGCAAGUGAAAUACUUGGUGCAUCGAGACCAGUUGUAUGUAUACACAGACCCGAAGGUGGAACUUGAAAGUUGA